UAAGAGCCGAUCGACUACAAAUUCAUCCCUCAUAUCUUUAUCCCAAUUAAAUUUGUCCUUCACUUUUCUUUCACCAUCUCAUCUCACCGCGGUGGAGGUGUUGCUUCCAUCCUCGAUCUAUUGUCCAUUUUUCUGAUAGACACAAGUGAUGGCUACAUUACUACUGGCACUUACUAUAUUAUCUUUGGUUGUGGCCGGAAUCGAAGCAGACCAAAGCGUAACCAUUACCCUAUUGGACUCCGCUGUUGCCAAAGGAGCUGUUUGUCUAGACGGCACCCCUCCAUCCUAUGCUUAUAGUCCAGGAUUCGGAGAUGGAGUCGACAACUGGCACGUAAUCUUUGAUGGUGGUGGGUGGUGUCGAAAUGUAGCUGAAUGCCUCGAUAGAUCCAAACAUUAUCUAGGAAGUAGUGCAAAGCUUAUAUCGGAGGUUAAUGGUAGUGUAUACUUCAAUGGGAUGCUCGGCAACAAUUCCACCUUUAAUCCCGAUUUCUACAAUUGGCACGUGUUCAAAAUCUUCUACUGUGACGGCUCAUCUUUCAUGUCUAAUGUUGAGGAUGUAGACCCGAUGUACAACCUGACUUAUAGAGGUGCGAGAAUAUAUGAUGCCAUGAUGGAUGAGCUCCUACGAAUCGGAAUGGGAAAUGCAAAAAAUGCUUUAUUGUCGGGCGGUUCGGCAGGUGGAUUAGCCACAAUUUUACAUUGCGAUAAGUUUCAAUCGUUGUUUCACGACACAACUAGAGUGAAGUGCAUAUCUGAUUCAGGCUUUUUCAUUCAUGGUCAGCAUUUUUUUGGAGGUGAUUGGAGAGAAUCUUUCUUCUCUAGAGUGGUAUCAACACAUGGUUUGACGAACAUGUUGCCCACAUCAUGCACAUCCAAAUUUAGCCCAACUCUGUGUUUAUUUCCUGAAAAUUUGGUCCCAGAUAUCCAAACCCCACUAUUUUUAAUUGAAUCAGCAUUUGACGCAUAUCAGAUAGCAGUUACUUUGUUCCCGGCUAAAGGCCCGCAAUGGAUCAGUUGCAAUAGUAACCUGAUGCUUUGCAAUUCGACUGAGAUAGAAAUCAUGAAAGAUUUUAGGUUCAUAUUGAUAAAUACGCUGAAAAGUACAAUUGCGAAUAGCUCCUCAAAGAGAGGCUAUUUAGUACAUAGCUGCUGGCGACAUGGCCAUAUGGAAGACAUAAGCGGUUCGACAUGCUCAUUGAUUGUUGGAAACGGACUUGCUAACAAAAAUAUAGCAGAAGUCGUGGGAGACUGGUAUUUCGACCGAAGCGAGUUCCAGGAGAUGGAUAUGGUCAACAACUUGCCACGGAACUGCACUGGCGACGACCUACCUAUUUUGGAGAAAAAGUGUAGCGAUUAUUAUAUUCAUCAUCAGAUGCCAUGAAUUGAUAGCAUGUGAAUUUGAAUUUCUAUUUUCAAUUAUGAAUGAAGGGUUAAAGUUUUCAGUUAAAUUCGAAUUAUUAAUUACAAGUUAAUUGAUG